GCUGAGGUUGCGUGCGGGUGAGCGGCUGCGGGUUCAAGGGGUCCCCCAGGCUCCCGCCACCCUCCCCGCUGUUGCCCCGGGUCUGAGGAAGGGAGCCCCCUCCACAUCCUGCCUCCCGUUUCCCCAAACCGAUGCGGACGGACCGGGUCGUUGCGGAAGAUUAUCUUAUGCUGAACUGAUCAAGUACUUUGAAAAUGACUUCAAAACUCCUCUGCGCUGCCUUCAUACUUGCUGCAUUAACACUUUCAAUUACAUUUUCUCUCCAACCAGAUCAGCAAAAGGUCCUACUAGUUUCAUUUGAUGGAUUCCGUUGGGAUUACUUAUAUAGAGUUCCAACGCCUCAUUUUCAUUAUGUUAUGAAAUAUGGUGUUCAUGUGAAGCAAGUUACUAAUAUUUUUAUUACAAAGACAUACCCUAACCAUUAUACCUUGGUAACUGGCCUCUUUGCAGAGAAUCAUGGGAUUGUUGCAAAUGACAUGUUUGAUCCUAUUCUGAACAAAUCUUUCUCCUUGGAUAACAUGAAUAUUUAUGAUUCUGAGUUUUGGGAAGAAGCAACACCAAUAUGGAUCACAAAUCAGAGGGCUGGACAUACCAGUGGUGCAGCCAUGUGGCCCGGCACGGAUGUGGAAAUCCAUGAGAGCUUUCCUACUCACUACAUGCUUUACAAUGAGUCCGUUUCAUUUGAAGAAAGAGUUGCCAAAAUUAUCGAAUGGUUUACAUCAAAGGAGCCCAUCAAUCUUGGUCUUCUCUAUUGGGAAGACCCCGACGACAUGGGCCACCAUUUGGGACCUGACAGUCCACUCAUGGGGCCUGUCAUUUCAGAUAUUGACAACAAGUUAGGAUACCUUAUACAAAUGCUGAAAAAGGCAAACUUGUGGAACACUCUGAACCUAAUUAUCACAAGUGAUCACGGAAUGACCCAGUGUUCCGAGGAGAGGGUGAUAGAACUCGACCAGUAUCUGGAUAAAGACCUCUACCUGCUGAUUGACCAGUCUCCAGUAGCAGCCAUCCUGCCCAAAGAAGGUAAAUUUGAUGAAGUCUAUGAGGCACUAGCUCAUGCGCAUCCUAAUAUGACUGUUUACAAAAAAGAAGAGAUUCCAGAAAGAUGGCAUUACAAAUACAACAGCCGGGUCCAACCAAUUAUAGCAGUGGCUGACGAAGGGUGGUACAUUUUACAGAAUAAGUCGGACGGCCUUAUGUUAGGCAACCACGGUUAUGACAAUGCACUAGCAGAAAUGCAUCCAAUAUUUUUAGCCCACGGUCCUGCCUUCAGAAAGAAUUUCACAAAAGAAGCUAUGAACUCCACAGAUCUGUACCCACUGCUCUGCCACCUCCUCAGUAUCCCCGCCAUGCCACACAACGGGUCACUCAGGCGCGUCCAGGAUCUGCUCAGUUCAACAGCUCCGAGGACAAUGACUCACACACAGAGCCCUCCACCCCACCGUGGUAGUGGCAAGCCAGGAGAACACGAGCAAGAGUCAAACGCUUAUUUCAUAGGGGUCUCUCUCGGUAGCGUUAUAGUUAUUGUAUUUUUUAUAAUUUUCUUUAAACAUUUAAUUCGCAGUCAAAUACCUGCCUUACCAGAUAUGCAGGCUGAAAUAGCUCAACCAUUAUUACAAGCCUGAUGCUACUUAGAAGUGGAGAUUGAGCAAUUAUGUCAGUGUUUAAAGGUUUCAAAUUCUAGGAAACCACCUUGAGACAUUUGCACAGACCCGAAAGCAGUUACAUACAUAUUCAGGCACAGUCUUUCU